AUGGCGCUCUCGGAGGUGACCUCGCCGGACCCUUCGGACCGCGCGGCGGUGCGCGACUACGUCCUGGGCGGUCCGCUCAUCGACCAACUGUCUAUAUCCCGCGAGAACGCGACGGACGAUGUGGUCGACCGGUGGACGUCCGUCGCGGCGCGGCUGUGCGACCAGCUCUCGUUGGAACAGGCGUCGCUCGACCCCGCGCAGGCUUCGAGGGUGUACAGGUACUACAUGCCCGUCUACCUGUGGUGCCUCGCCCGCCUGGAGGCUCACAGGUCCGCCUCAGCCCCGGGCGCCGCGUGCCCGCCCUUGGUCGUCGGCCUGAGCGCCCCGCAGGGCUGCGGUAAGACCACGCUCGUCGCCCAGCUGACCCGACUGCUCGACGCCGACGGCGUUCGCGCCGCGUCCGUGUCCAUCGACGACGUGUACCUGACGGGCGCGGAACAGGAGACGCUGGCGAACAAAAACCCACACAACCCGCUGCUGCGGUUCAGGGGCAACGCCGGGUCCCACGACGUGGCGCUGGGCGUGCGCACGAUCGAGUCGCUGAAAGCGCUCAACGCGAACCCGGGGUCGACGACGAAAGUGCCCAGGUACGACAAGACGAUGCGCGGGGGACGAGGGGACAGGGCGCCGAGAGAUAUCUGGCCGACACACACGGCACCUCUGCACCUGGUCCUGCUGGAGGGUUGGAUGCUGGGUUUCUCUCCCGUCGGCGACGAGGCGGUUAAAGCGUUUGAUCCGCACCUCGCCGCCGUCAACCGAGAGCUCCGACGCGGCGGGUACGACCGGCUCCACCUCGCGGUGGACGACUGGGUCGUGGUGAGGGUGGAGCACAUCGAGUGGGUGAGGGAGUGGAGGCUGGAGGCGGAGCGGGAGGCGAGGGCGGCGGGGAGGGGCGCGCUGACCGACGACGAGGUGGCGGACUUUGUCGACAGAUUCUUGCCGGCGUAUCGGGCGUACCUCCCGGGGCUGUACGGCGACGGUCCGUUUGGGAGCCAGACCGGGAAGGUGCUGACCGUGCGAGUAGAUCGGGGGAGGAACGUGCUGGACGUUUAG